GUCCAAUGUUGAAACAUGGCGGUCGUGGUUUCAAAUUAUUUUAAGAUCAUAGUUUACCCACUGUUUUCUUCAAAAAAUUAAGAUGAUUUUGUGAUAAAAUAGCAGUUUUAUAUUGCUUCUUUGUGUUACUUUCUAGAACAAUUUUGAAAGAAAUAAGUUUCUUAUUCUGUAAAAGAUUACAACAAAAAUCGUGCCUGAACAUGUCCCAAAACUGCUAAAUAAUCAUCACAGUCCACCCGAAUGAUUAGUCACAAUGAAAAGCUGGAUGUUUUUGUGAUAUUAUAUCAGUUAACUAGGCAGUACUAAUAGUUUUCUUCAAAAUGGCAGACGAUACAAACAAGGAUAUUAAGCAGUUUCAGGCUCCAGAUAUGGCUGACUUGUUAGAGUAUUUUGAGGCACGGAGUCGAGCCCUGGAUGAGGAGGGUCAGCUGGUGUUAGAUGCUUCCACUCUACAGUUCAUGUCCCUCAUCAAGUUUAAUGGGAUCUCAAUACUCCCUCCUGUUUUAACUCAGGGAAGACGGGAGGAGAUGAUGUCAUACAAACACGAGGCAUUACGACGAGAAAAAUGUACUCGUGCUAAAAAGAAAGAAGAGUUACAUGCAAAAGUGCAAUCAAUUGUUGCUGGAGUUGAGAGUACAUACUCAUUAAAAAGCCGUAGCCAGCUUCCAAGAACAAACGGAAUGUACAAGUUGCUAGAAAGAAGAGCUGCAAAGCAAGCAUCAAAAUCUCUGAAAUCAUCAAAGUCACCUUCUCCUGCUUCAAGAAAAUCAUCUGACAAAUACAGUUCAGAGGUCAUCUCCAAGGUCACCACCAAGGUCACAAGCCCUGCAGAUGUGAAAGUGCCAUCAGAAAUAGUCAUCAAUGUAACAAAUUCUGGAAAAGAGACUAGUGCUCCUCAGUCAAAAACAUCAAGCAAAUCCCCAUCAAAGUCCUCAUCAGCAACUGCCACCAAACAUUCAAUGUCGCCUUCAAGGUCAACUUCUCAAGGCAGUGGUGAUACUAAAAAGAAAGAACAUACUAAUUAUAAAUCUUUAGGUAAAUUAGGAAGUUUAUCCAAACAGAAAUCUUUCUCUUCUCAGCAUUUAGAUAGGUCAGGAACACAAGCUGGUAAAUUUGAUUCAGAUACUUCAUCUAAUUCAGCAAAGAAUUUGUCUCUUUCUCCAAAUUCAAGGGCUCUCCUACCCCACCCACCUGUGGGUAGACCACCAUCAAGAGGCUCUUCAAUGAGGCAGUCAUCGUCAACCCCAGAUCUCAGGAACAUAGAUGUUGCUGUGAAAACAGAAGAUUUGAAGAAACCUAUUCCCUCUAGAAGAAGUUUGUCUCCUAAAGGUGGUCGACCACAAGCACCUGAAAGGGACAUUUCAGUGAAAACUGAUAAUAAUAACAAAAAUACAAAACUUAAGGAAAAGGAAAGUUUGAAAAAAGAUAAGUCUCAAGAAAAUAAGCCUAAAUCGGAAAGUUCUAAUAAAAGGAAACAGAUUGUAAGUGAAAAUAAGACAAAACAAAAUGAAACUGAUUUGAAAAAGUCCGCUGAAAGCAGUACAAAGAGAAAUGUGGAUUCUGCAGCAAAAGAUAUGAAAGUCAGAUCUAGUGCAAAAUCUCAACAGCAAAAUUAUGCAUUACAAAAUCCACUUGAAGUUCUGGAACAGGAACUUUCAAAGGAAGAGGAAUUUGAAAUGAAUAAAAGAUUUGCUAAACCAAAUGUUCAAGGUGCAGUUGGGGAAGUGAGGCAAGAGUUGGACCCAAUUCAGACAGCAACAGCGGAGUUGUUUCCUUUCCCUAUAUCAGAGGAACAAGCAUUGGCUACCCUUGACUCACUGCAGUCAGAUUUUGCUUCACUAGAACAAUUUGAUUCCCUGCCGCAGGAUUACAAUGGGAUACCUCUAACAUCUUUGAAACAGCAACAAAUUAUUCAUAUGCUGACCAAACUCUCUAGGGCUUUGAAUAUGGAAGAUACUUUAACUUCUACAACAAAUAGUAAUGCUCCAGGAGAACCUGUAAGGCAAGGGGCAAAAGUUGAAAGUAGUAGUGAUAACAGAAGUGUUCCAGAUGGUGCUAGUGGGAGGAGUUACAGUUAUUCUGGGCAAACAGACCUGUCUGAUAUAGUGCAUGAUUCAUCAGUGAGUGUGACCAGUGAAAAUAACACUACAAACAGUUCAUUUCAGAACUCAAGUGCUCAUUCUAGAGCUAGGAUGAGUCCAACUGGGUCUUCAAUAUUAAGUUCAGCCAGUUCAGUGAGUGCCUCUCGUUCAAGAAUGAGUCCUAAAUCACUGAAAAAUACUGUUCACUUUUCAACACUUGUGACAGAAAUUAGCACAAGUGCCAGUCAGUCUUAUGAAGACAAAAUAUCUUACAGAAAACUUGAUAUAACACCUAAAACUAGUGAAAAUUUUGAAGAUUCUGUUGAUGGACACAUGGAGUCAAAAAACUUUCAUAGUGAAGGACAGGGACAAGGGCCAGGUCCUUCAUUAUCAAUGCCAUCAAGUGGUAGCAAUAUGUUAAGUAAUGUUGCGUUAAGUCCUAGUGUAGACUCUUCCGGAUCUCCAGGUGAAUUCCAGAGCCAUAACCCAUUUGAAAACAGUAGUCAAGAUAGUGAUUUAAAUACGUCAGAUAAAGAAAAUGAGUUUGUCCCUGCUGAUCCUGAAAGUUCAGAUGAAAAUUAUUCUGGUGAUGCAAAUGUAAGAUCAGGUAGAAAUCAACCAGUGUUAAAUGUGUACACAGUCAAUAUACCUGCAGGACCCAUAGGAGAUAACCACCCAGCUGUUGUACAUGUAAAAUCUAGUGUUAAAUCUGACAUGUCUAGUGGGAGCACUUUGAAAGAAGGCCAGGAAAAAAUAUUGCAAGAAAACUUUUCAAAAACAAACUUGAAUUUAGACUCUCAGUAUCAUUAUGGGACCAGCACUGCUGAUUUAGACAGAUAUAUCCAAGGUAAAGUCACACCUGAUGAAAGUAUCAGUUCAAUGCAGGAAGAAAUUACAAGGGCAUACUUACUUUCCCACAGUAAACCAGAUAGAGACAUUUAUCAGGUUGAUGAAAAUUGUGAAUUUAAGAAACCCAAGAAAAUUGCUAAAAAGAGACCUGAGGUAGAUGACUCUCCAGUAUUUUUGAAGCCUGUUAUAUUUAGUAACACUGGAAAUUCUUUACAGGAAAAUAGGUCAAUGCUAGAUGAGGAAGACAUUAUAAGGAGUAACUUGCAGAAAGUUCAGCUUGAAGAUACAGAUAGUGAAACAGAACAAGUUGCUGAGAACUCUGAGGAAGAGUGGGAGUCAGUUAAGGAUGAGGAAGUUGAACUGGUGAGAGACGUUCCAGAAUUAAAUGUUAUGGAAGAAGAUCACAAGUAUGGCCAACAGAAAAAUCUAGAAACUGUGAAUGUUUUUGAAGAAAUUGAUCAGCCGCUUGAAUGUGAGGAAGACAGUGAAGAUGAAGUUCCAAAAUAUGGAAAAGAGCUGGCUUUAACACACAAUGAUGCUGAAGAACAAUUAACAGAUGAGGAAGAGACUGAACAAAUUCGAACUGAUGAAGAGAAUGACCAUGUCAACUUGUUCCAAAAUAAUAUGAAGAUAUCUGUUGAACAUCAGGCGGGCACUGAACAGCCUACCAGAAUUCAGGAAAACAUUGAACAACCUUUAAGUAUUCAAAGAGACAAUGACCAACCAAGCAGAAUCCAGGAAUACACUGAACAACCAGUCAGAAUUCAGGAAGACACAGAACAAACAAUCAGAAUUCAGGAAGACACUGAACAAGAAGUAAAAAUUCAGGAAGUUAAUGACCGGCCUAUCCGAAUUCAGGAAGACACUGACCAACCAGUCAGAAUUCAAGAAGACACUAACCGAUCAAUCAGAAGUCAAGAUAUUGAAAGAGAGGAGGAAGCUAAAGCUGAACAUAUACAAAAAUAUUUAAACCAAGUACAUGAGCAGUCUCUGCAUCAUGAAGAAAAUGAUGCAAAUGAGGACGAUAUCAGUGCACGUAACUCUCAAACUUUUCCGAAUGUGAUGGAUGAUAUUGGUGCUUUAAUACAGUCUUUCACUUCCAGUAUUCAGAAUAUGAAUCAUCUAUCACAGGAGGAACUAUUUCGACUUCAGGCUAACCAGUUUGAGUUGAUACAGCAGAAACUGAUAGAACAUCAGCGAGCCCAGCUAGAAGAGUUGUUUGUGGCACAGAGGAAGGAGCAGAUGAGCCUGGAACAUGAAAUAGAGGCAUACCAACAACAAAUAAAGUCUGUUGACACAGACGAUAAUAUCAGCCUGCCUGACCCGCUAAAGCCUCAGAUGUCAAGGUCAGGGCCACAGGUCACUCAAGCGUGGCAGUCACAUCAACACCUGCAACAACACCUCCCAGUACAUAGUUCAGCAAAGAGUCCACCGUUCCCUGUGCGGCCAGUCGCAUAUACUGGUCCUUACCAAAACACCAACAUGUCUUUCAACACGAGUUACAGCACCAUUGCACCAUACCCGGAUCCAAGCACGGUAGGGCCUUAUCAAGACCCCAGAAUGUGUAUGGUUUCCAGUAUUGAUCCACGGGCAGGUGUGUCUAUGAACAUUCCAGUAGGGUAUAUACCAGACCCCAACAUGAGUAGUAUAAGUCAUAACACAAGCUACAGCACUAUACCACACAGAGAUCCUGGUAUGCAACGAGGAAACCCAGCUUCAACUCAGCCUUUAGGUGUAAUUCACAGCCAGGACCCAAGCUCGAGUCAGACCAGUAAUCCUUUCAUCUACCCAUCAAGUCCGAGUCUGUACAUCAAUCCGAAAGAUAGAGAUAAUGUGUCCGAAGUUAGCGGGUUUGCGAAGGCAACACCAAAACAGCUGGUGUUCUCUAACCAGUCAACACCAGUUCGGGUAACAAAAACGUACAAGCCUAUCCAACAUUCUCCAGUGAAGCAAAUGUCAUCCCAACGUCAAGAUUCAGGCGGAUAUGUCAUACCUGAUAAGGUAUUUGAUCCAGCAAUGCAGCCAAAGUUUGCUCGUGUGUCUGCUGCAGUGAAGGGCUAUCUCACACGACGUCUUCUGAGGACACCAAAAGUUCAAGAGAUUGUAAAGAAACUGUCUGACACAAGAAAUUUUGCAUUUAAUUUCCAAGCAGAGACCCCGAUUAAGAAAGGGACAUUUUCCCGUGAAGAUAGGAUACUGCUUGAACGUAUUGUAGCUCAGCUUCAAGCAAACUUGCUGGAUAUCCAUGAUGUAUUUUUUGAGAUCCCGAUAUCAGAGAGAAUGGCAAUUAUCUCCGCGGCUAGACAACAGGAACAGGACCGGAGAAUGAGGCAGUCUGAGAGAUAUAGCAUGGACACUGUGUCAAGAUCACAGCCAAAGCUUAGCAAGGCUACACUGAAGGCAAUGGAGAGAAAGAAGAAAGCACAAUUAGCAGAAGAGUCGGUAUUUGGCAGUGUAGAAUUUCGCCCUAAAUCAGCCCCACCUGCAACUAGCAGUCCACACCCUUCCACAGAUAUCAGUGAUCCUUUACGUCGUCACUACCAUUCUCUAUUUGUCAGGGCUUUACGACCUAUACAAGGUCAGAUCUCACCAAUCACAGCAGACCAUCAAGUGACUGUCAGAGAAAUGAAGGAGAGACCAAGAACUGCACCAGAGAAGAGAAAGUCGACAGAAACUGGCAACAAAACCAAGAAAACAGGUAGCAAGAGUGGGAAAUCGUCUACAAAUACAACAUCCAACAAACAGAAGACAGCACCUGCAACAACUAAAACAAAGAAAAUGGAGAAGGCUUGGAGAUGAUGAAUUUAAUAACAAUUAUAAAUGCUGUAUAAACAAGUUCCAACAAUUAUGUGAACUUCAGUAGGAAUCACCUGCUUAAAUUAAAAUGUUAAAUCGGAAAAAACUGUUUAUAAGGAAGUUUUUCAGUUACAGAAAAUUUUGUAAAGAAUUUUUCACUUUGGUGUAUUUGAAAAUGUUUUAAUCCUUAUCAUGCUGGACUUGAUUGAUUCUGCCUUUGUGACCAGUUUAGAUCAUGAUCAGCCUGCAAAUCUGUGCAGUCUGAUCAAGAUCUGCACUGUUUGCCAUUCAGCCAGUAUAUUUUCAAUUCACUGUUUCUAACAGCGAGAUUACCACUGUAUAGUGUCACUGUUCUAAAUUUUGAGAACUUCACUAAAAAAUAUACUUCAAAGUUGUACAAAGCAAAUUAUAUAAAACAUCCACAUACUAUAUAUACAUGUAUACUGUAUAUUGUGAAAUCAUGAUGUCUGUUAGUGUGACAUUGCACAGGUACAGUUUGGUUACAACUAUUGAAGUCAUGAAAUAAAAGGUAGUUUGUUUGUUUUACUGGUAAACACUUGUGAAACACAGUGAAAGAUAUUUUGAUCGUACACUGAAACAAACAUACACCAUUUAUGUAUGUGUGUGUCUGAAGUACAUGUAUGUAACCCAGCCUAUUGAGACAGAUUUACACUGGAAUAACAAUUAAUUGGAACAUUCCAGUACAGACCUUGUUUGCUGCAAUGUUGAUAGUUUCAGCAGUGACAAAUAUUUUUAUUACACAUUGCAAGUUUGUGUGUUCAUGUGCAAAAUACAAUAUGAAGUUCCAGGUAUGAACUCAGCUGUUCCAUUGAAGUUAUUGUAAAGUGGUUAAAAGUAUUUAUAAAGAUACUGUGAUAAAGUGUGUGAUAACUGUAUCAAGUAAGGCUUGUAAAUCAUACACUUAGGGAUGGCCUGAGAAAUUUAAUGAUUGGCAUGUGCAUAUUACAUCUCAUUUUGUUUCUGUUUUGAAUGUGUAGUACAUGUUUACACAUUUGUAUGCACAGAAUAAAGUGAGAACUUAUUGUUAUGAUGUUAUGAAUCUGCAGUAUUACGUUUAAUCUUUUUUUGAUUUAAUUCCCCAACACACAUUUUUACCAAAAAAAACUGUUCUUUAAUUUUCCUAAAGGAAAAAAAAAAGAGUGCAUUUCCUGUGUAAGAUUUUGGUAUGAAUCGUGUUUUUUUUCUCGAAGUUGUAAGAAAUAAGUAAUUAAAAGACAAUAGAGCAGACACUUGUUCUCAGAAAAUCGUUCUAUUUAUAUUUUAUGUAUUCCUUUAUUUAUAUCUGACCGUGCUGUGUUCUUUAUAGUUAAUUUUCUAGUUUCUUUUUUAAAAAAAAGAUUGUUUUUGCAUAUGAUUGUUUUUACAUAUGAUAAUUUGAUGAUUGUUUUACACUUGUUUAAUUGAUAAUGGAUUAUGAAACCGAUUUGUUCAGGGAAGGUUUUUUAGAAUGACAUAAAUUUCAAAUAACCUGGGGCUUGUUUCACAUUUGGAUCAUUAUACUUUAAGAUUUGCUUCAGCAGAUUUAACCUUUACCCUGCUGGUGGCAAGCGAUACUGCCUUUGCAACCAGUGCAGACCAAGAUCAGCCUGUACAUCCGUGCAGUCUGAUCAUGGUCUGCACUGUUCGCUAUUCAGAUAGUAAAUUUUCAGUGAACACCCCUUCGAAUAAUAAAUGGUACUGCCCAAAUUGAAUGAUGGAUCAGUUCAUUUUAGAAAUUUAGCAGGGUAAAGGUUAAGUAUUAAGCAGCCACUCGGCUAUCUACCCAAAUUGAAUUUGUUUGAAUUUCAGCUUGCCUUAAGAAGCCACUUGCCUUAUUAUAUUGUACUGCUCACUUGGUUGGCUGUUAAAUACAGGUCUGACAAUAUAUGAGCUGUGCCAUGGGAAAAUCAACAUAGUGGCUUUGCGACCAGCAUGGAUCCAGACCAGCCUGCGCAUCUGCGCAGUCUGGUCAGGAUCCAUGCUGUUCGCUAACAGUUUCUCCAAUUCCAAUAGGCUUUAAAAGCGUACAGCAUGGAGCCUGACCAGACUGCGAGGAUGCGCAGGCUGGUCUGGAUCUAUGCUGGUCGCAAAGCCACUAUGUUGGUUUUCCCAUGGCGCAGCUCAUAUGUUUAUAAGAACUAUGAACUUUCUAUACUGUAACCAGCUGGGUAUGUCUCAAAUCAAUUUACCAAUGAAAUUGUUAUCUUUAAAUACCUUUGCUCUUUGUAAAAGUCUUUUAUGAAUGGUUUCUGUAUUAUGUUAAGAUAUGCUUAUGACACCUGAAGCCUAACAUUGAAAUUGCAAAAUAUUUUGAACUUUCAUAACCUGUCUGAAUAAAUGCCAUAGAACAAA